UGAGAGCUCUGACCCCCUUAGGCUCUGUGUGACUUGGGCACCUCUGUAAUGGAAAGAUUAAAAGCAGCCCCCAUCCUCCCUUCCAGUAAACAGAUUAAAGGGGAUUGGCUUAUAUAUAAAGACGUUGCCAAAAGCUGAGAGAAUAUUUUUGGGUCUGCUUAAAACCACAACAUACCAACAACCAACCAAACAAACAAACCAGGGGAAUUUAAUUGACACAGCCCCUUUCUGAGAGAGACGCCAGAGGAGACGAGCAGAGCAGAGACAAGCAGAGCAUUGUUACUCUUCUCAAGUGAGAUUAGACAUUUUUUUUCUCUCCCGCUCUCACCCACCCUCAAAACUGUUUUACUCUCCGCACAUGGAACAUGAGGAGGAUGAGGAUGUUAACUUUGCCAAGUGGAUGAGCAGCUUCUGGGGGCACAGCGGGCCAGACGAGGCAAAGAGGGAUCGCAGAGCCAGCUGGAGAAGGAAGCCCAGAGUGGAGACUGAGAGGAGAGCCUCACUGCCCUGCCCGGCCCAGCUGUCUGCGAUGCACCUGACCAGGCUGCAGGCGUCAUCGAUGGGGCCAUCUCCCGUCUACCUGCAGAGCUGCAAGGAGCCCCGUGAGGAGAAGGAGUUCAGAGGCCACAUGAAAGUGCGCAGAGCUUCCUCCUCUGGAGAGACCCGCCAGAAAACCUCAGUACCAGAGAACCGAAUCAGCACCAUCCACGAGCUGUCUGAAUCCUUCGAGCGGAGGCUCCGCUUCCGUAGUGGACAAGCAGCUUCCCAGGGUGAAAAUGAUGACCCCUGUGUGAUUUGUCAUGAUGACCUCAAGACUGACACUGUCAGAGAACUCCACUGUAUGCAUAAGUUCCACAAAGAGUCUUCUGUUAACCAGGAAGACAACAGUCAAGCUACUCAGAAACCUUCCUUGUGUUGCAACCACUGAUGUUUUGAGUUUUGCUGGAAACUCUUCCGACCAUGAAGUUGGUCAUCUGACCCCACUUGACCAUACCUAUCCUGUUGAUAAUCUCAGUGUUUAUAUUGUUUAAAGCUAAUUGUAUGUUACAUUUACACUUCCUAGUUUUCAUUUAUAUAACAAAAUGAGCCUUAAGAAUGCCAGGUUGCCACAUCUCUUCUUUCAUGUAACUCCUGUUCCAGAGGCUGUUUAUAAUUACCAGUGCCAUGUUGCCUUGUUUGACCUUGAAAAAAGGCUGGUUGGCUAGUAAUGAAUACUGCUUGUGAUAUGUUGGCUUUUAGUCAUUUGUCGAACAGCUCUGUUAACUAAAUAUUUUUCUUAGUACUGCUUGUCUGUCUCAGUGUACCAAUUUGUGUUUUUAUAGUUUCAAAUUAAUAGUUGAUCUAUUAAUUAACUUUUUUCUCUUGUAAGUGAAACAAAACUUAGUCAGAAUAUGUGGUACUCAGUCCCUUAUAUUGUAGAUAGAGUUGGAACAGUAAUCAUUUAAAAGAAAGCAUUGCUGCACUUUUUGUAAAUGUAAAUAAAAAACAUUUUUUUCUGAAAUUAAGUUUUUAUUCCAAAAAUAUUCUAAUGAUAAAUGAAAUUCCAAUUCAGUCCCAACACAUAUAGAAGGGAAGCAUACAUGUGGACUUGAGUCGCAAAAUAUUACGGUUAGCUGCAGAAAAUGGCUUGUUAGCCACAGAUUCUGGGAGUGUUCGCUAAGAGAAUACUAAAUAAUAUACAUCUAUUGGCACUCUUACCACAAAGAAAUAUGUUUUCACACAAUUUAAACACUACUUGUAAUAUGCUUCCUACUAUGGCAAUUGCUAUAUAACAAGAAAUGUUUGCAGGCAGCAGAUUGACAUUUCUGGCAACCCUGCAUUGAACUUUGGGUAGAGUAGUCCAAUCUGUGACUAACAAAAAUAUACCAAAUCUCUUGGUUUUCGUUGAGAAUGACAUAUUCAUUAAUUAAAUACAUUGUUGGAACCAAGGCCUAGAUUAAAAGGGCCAAGAUGCCAUAACAGUAAACCAAGCACUGUAAAAAUCGAAUUGCCAAAAACAAAUCUACUUUUAAUGACGCAGGCAUUUCUUGUUUCCCAGUAGUGGUUAACACUGUACUGCUUUGAAUUGCUAUUUUGAAUUGCUCUGUGCUAAUCUGUAACCUGUGUAAAUGUAACAUAGUGCUUCUAGAUCUAGAGCUGACAUUGAUAUGGCAACCUUGUAUGCAUAGUAUCCUUGUAACCUGUGCUGUAAUAAUAAAGAGAUGGUGAAGACAACUUUGGAAGUCAAUAAAAGCCAUGACAGUCUGUACCAAAAAA